AUGAGUGCAUCGGCUCAGCCUCAGUCCAAGCCAGGGGACUUUGAGGCCGUUCGCAAGUCCAUAACCAACCUCCUCAAGCAGCCCGAGUACGAUGAUGGCUCCGCCGGACCCGUGCUCGUGCGUUUAGCAUGGCACUCAGCCGGGACUUAUGACGCCGAGACGGACACUGGAGGUUCCAACGGCGCUGGUAUGCGAUACGAGGCCGAGGGGGGAGACCCAGCCAACGCCGGCCUGCAACACGCUCGCCUCUUCCUCGAGCCAGUCAAGGCCCAGCACCCCUGGAUCACAUACUCCGACCUCUGGACCCUGGCGGGCGUGACAGCAAUCAAGGCGAUGGGAGGGCCGGACAUCCCUUGGUACCCAGGGCGGACCGACUUCGUCGACGACUCCAAGCUCCCGCCGCGCGGCAGGUUGCCCGAUGGCGCAUUGGGGGCAGACCACAUCCGGGCGAUAUUUUACCGGAUGGGGUUCAGCGACCAGGAGAUCGUGGCGCUGAGCGGCGCGCACAAUCUGGGCCGCUGCCACACGGCCAACUCGGGCUUCGAGGGCAAGUGGGUCAACAACCCGACGAGGUUCUCGAACCAGUACUUCCGGCUGCUGAUCAGCGAGGAGUGGAAGGAGAAGACGCUCGAGUCCGGUGUCGUGCAGUUCGCCGCCGUCGACCCCAUCACCGAGGACGAGCUAAUGAUGCUGCCGACCGACCUGGCGCUGGUCCGCGACCCGGAGUUUCUGAAAUGGGUCAAGGUCUACGCCAAGGACAAGGACGUCUUCUUCGAGGAUUUCAAGAACGCUUUUCUCAAGCUGAUGGAGCUGGGAAUCAACAGGGAUGCUGACGGGAAGAUCACGAACACGGACAAUGAGCUAGGAGGUUAUCACAGCGCCCCAAAGAAGUCGGAGCAGUUGGGGCGGCCAGGAGAGGUCCAGAGCAAGGGUCAAAUUGGGAAGGAAGCAGAGCCUCUCGCGAAGCAAAAUGAAGAAUUCAGGGCACGGGCGAAAUUGUAA